GGAGGAGCAAAGAGAAGGUUCGAGACACUCCCACUUCUUGGUGCUUUUAUCACUGACAUCCAAAUGGGACAGAAGCAUAUUUAAUGAAAGUCACAGGGUGAGAAGGUUGCUUUUCUGCCUUGCUUCUCUUUGCAGAAGGAAUUCUACAGGGAGAAGAUGCAGACCUUUCUGGAGCUAAGCAACAAGGCAAAGAUGCCCAUCCUCGGACUGGGCACAUGGCAGGCUCCUUUAGGGGAAGUGAGAGAUGCAGUGAAGCUUGCUAUUGAUGUUGGGUACCGGCAUUUUGACUGUGCCCACUUGUACGAGAAUGAAGGGGAGAUUGGAGAGGCAAUCCAGGAGAAGAUAAAUGAACAGGCUGUGGCACGAGAGGAUCUGUUUGUCGUCAAUAAGCUGUGGUGUACGUUUCAUGAGAAAUCCUUGGUGAAAGGAGCAUGUCUAAAAAGUCUUGCAAAUCUAAAGUUGGAUUAUCUGGACCUCUACCUAUUGCACUUUCCCAUGGGAUUCAAGCCUGCAGAGGAGUUUUUCCCCGAAGAUGAGAAUGGCCUGAUUGUGCCCAGUGAUACAGAUUAUCUGGACACAUGGCAGGCUAUGGAGGAACUAGUGGAUGCAGGUCUGGUGAAAUCCAUCGGAAUUUCUAACUUUACUUGUGAGCAAAUGGACAGGCUCUUGAAUAAGCCAGGGUUAAAAUACAAGCCAGUGAAUCACCAGAUUGAGAGUCACCCAUACCUGCCUCAGGAAGAGCUGAUCAAUUUCACCCACUCCAAAGGGAUUUCUGUCACUGUAUAUUGUCCUCUUGGGGCUCCCAACUGGCCAUGGCCAGCAACAUCUGUGGGUUCUUCCCUCUUGGAUGACCCCGUGGUCAAAGAAAUUGCGGCCAAACACAAGAAGACUUCCGCUCAGAUUUUGAUCCACCUUCAUAUCCAAAGAAACUUGGCUGUCAUCCCCAAGUCAGUUACUCCACAUCGCAUUAAAGAGAACUUUGAGGUGUUUGACUUUAAAUUGAGCCAAAAGGAAAUGGAGACUCUGCUCAGCUUCAAGAAGAGGCACAGGAUCUGUGCACUCGAGUGGUGCAGGAAUCAUAAGGAUUACCCUUUCAAGGAAGAUCAUCCUUACAAGCAAGAUUGUAAAAAAUGACAUUUGACUCUGGAAGAUGACAGAGCAAUCUUCUGUAAGCCUUGGAUGAGACAAGGUAGCAAAGCUGUUGUGGCCAGCAUAGCACAAUUACUUAUCAUGUACUUCUCAGCGCCUUAAACUCAUAUGCAACAGCAAUUUCAUAUGCACCAAGCAAGUUACCUUCCCUUUAGUACUUGCUGAUAGUUACAGCUUUAGCUACUGAUGGCUAGUUUGUAGUUCUGCUUAAAGCUUUAAAGCUUUAAAGCUUCACAUUCAUGAACUGCUCUCCAGGUGCCUUUUGAACUCAGCAACAAUUGGAAUAUUUUGCCAUUGUCAGCACUGACUUGCAUUGAUUAGCGAUAUUUGCUCAAUUCAAUUCAAUUCAAUUCUUUAUUUCAGUCGAUGACCAGCACAAAGUUAAAACAAAUAUAAAAGAGAAACUAGUCAAGCUUCUACUUCAACCAAAAAAACUUAAUAAACAAAGAAAAUCCUUCUAAAUAUAGAUCAACUAAAAGUACACAACUUAAACUAACAAUGAGACAGCAGCCUUUAAUACUUAUAAAAUUAUUACAUACCUAUAAAAACUUAAGCAAUUGCCUUCCUAACUCCUGGGGAGGUUAAACAAUUAAAGGGCUCAGGAAGAUUUAGUUGUUAAUUUUACUGCUAGUAUGCAUAUGGUCCCAAAACCUGCAUGGCCACAUACAAUUAUCCAUUCUAUGCCUGCAAAAAUUACUCUGGCCUUAAAACCAUCACCUACUUUUCCAUUGUCAGACACUUAUGCAAACGGAGGGCUACGACACAAAAUUUGGCCACCUGUCUGGUGGUGAAGGGGUUACUUCCUUCCAGCAGCCUGCCUAUUGCCUGAGGAGGGUCAAAACCUGGCCAUUUAGCCAUCAGAGGGUGAAUAAGAUCCCAUCUCAGGUCUCUAUAAAACAAGCAUUCAAGCAGCACAUGAGAGACCAUUUCCACUUGUCCUUCCCCGCACGGGCCGAGCCUCUCCCUAUGGGGAAUCCCUCUGUAACUGCCCUCUAAAAGGGCUGAAGGCAAGCCAUUACAUCUCACUAAAGGAAAGACUCUUCUAAGGGAGGGGACCUCCAAGAUAGUAAGGUAGGGUGCUGGAACCAGUCCAUAUUUAAAUGACUCCUGGCUCUGAAAGUCAGGUGCCCUCGCUAAAUCCAUUUGCCUCUCUAUGUCAUCAGUUCUCUGUUUGAUGAACUUCCUGUUGGAAGUUAAAGGACUUUGCGCUGUCUCUUCUCUCAGACAGUGGAGGACAGACUAGUAAGUCAGAGGGCUAGAGAGUCAAGACAUUGGUCAUCCCUUCUCUACUGCUCUGACACUAUCCCUUUGGAUAUGUAGAUUGCUAAUCUCAGGGAUUAACUUCCUUCCUCUCUCUCUUCCCUACCUGCUCUUCUACCUUGCAACAUGGCAAGCCUCUCUGCCUGCACCAUGUGUGCAGAGAAGAUGCAGAAUCCAUCUGCAUCCAGCUAGAUAGAUAGAUUAGAGAUCCUAACUCCUCACUUUUCUAUCUAGAAUGGAGUUCCUUAAUAAAUGCCUUAUAUAUUGAUUUGAAACUA